AUGUCUCGCCGUGAUUCGCAAGAGCCUGUGCGCUUGCUCACGCCCGAGGAGCAGGAGCGCGAGGGCAAGGUUGACGAGAUGGAUCUAGAGCAGGAUGCUACCCGUGCCGACGGUCCCAAGGACAAGAACAUCGACCACGAAUACUCCGUCGCCAGCACUGUCAAGUUUGCCUGGCUCGGCACCUACUUCUUCUUCUCCCUGCUCUUGACCCUUUACAACAAACUCGUCCUGGGAAUGUUUCACUUCCCAUGGCUCUUGACAUUCUUGCAUGCCACCUUUGCCAGCUUAGGAACAUUUGCCAUGUUGCAGAUGGGCUACUUCAAGCUCUCGCGCCUGGGUCGCCGCGAAAACCUUGCCUUGGUCGCCUUUAGCGGGCUCUUCACCGCCAACAUUGCCGUCUCCAACUUGUCGCUGGCGAUGGUGUCUGUUCCCUUCUACCAGACUAUGCGCAUGCUGUGUCCCAUCUUCACCAUCCUCAUCUACCGUGUCUGGUACAGCCGCUCAUACAGCACCAUGACGUAUCUGUCUCUCAUUCCCCUGAUUGUCGGCGCCGCGAUGACCACCGUGGGAGAAAUGACAUUUUCUGACGCCGGCUUCCUCCUCACCAUUCUUGGUGUCAUUCUGGCUGCUCUCAAGACCGUUGUCACCAACCGCUUCAUGACGGGUUCUCUUGCCCUUCCCCCGGUCGAGUUCCUCAUGCGCAUGUCGCCCCUGGCGGCCCUCCAGGCCUUUGCUUGCGCCACCGCUACGGGCGAGGUCGGCGGGUUCUGGGAGCUUGUCAACUCGGGUGAACUGUCGCUGCCCCCAGCUUUCGCUUCCCUUACCGGCAACGGUUUCCUCGCCCUCCUCCUCAACAUCUCUUCCUUCAACACCAACAAGCUUGCUGGUGCUCUCACCAUGACCAUCUGCGGUAACCUCAAGCAGUGCCUGACCGUCUUACUCGGCAUCUUCCUCUUUGAUGUCACCAUCGGCUGGCUCAACGGUGCUGGCAUGGCCGUCACCAUGCUUGGUGCUGUCAUCUACAGCAAGGCUGAGCUCGACAACAAGAAGAAGAAGGCACAAGAGACGGCUUACAAGCCUGUUGAGCAGAAUGUCAGGUAA